AUGUUGCAGCAGCUGAUCCAAGGACAACAUCUCCAGGGGAAGGUUCUAAACCACGUUACUACCGAGAUCAAUACCAGAAUGAACCAUAUGUUCAGAGAUUUAAGCACCAAGUACGACAAUGUCGCGAGCCAUAUGAGACAGAUGGACAUUCAGAUUGCUCAGACUGCUGAGAGCGUUACAAGGCAGCAAAUUGAGAAGAAUACAGAACCAGCAGUUGGAACCAAUUCGCCAGGACCAGAACAACCAGCUCAAGCUGUUCGCCCGAUCCCAGAGACUGUUCCUCCUCGCGAAUACACUCCUAAAGUCCCUUACCCUGUUCCAGCAAAUGCUACUCGUAAGGAGAGAGGAGAUGAAGUGCAGAAAGAUGCUGGAGGACCAAACCGUCUGACUCCCCUUGAUGGAUGCUAUCCAAAUGAUGCCCUCCAUGCGCAGCUUUAUGAAGGGAUUGACUCAGGAAAAAUAUCAGAGGAGAGCGAAUUCAUGACAGUUUCGAAGGAGUACAGCGCAGUACUUCAGAACAGGCAGAUAAAGAAGCGAGGAGACCCCGACAAGUUCGUCCGCUCUAUCCAGAUUGGGAAGACAGUUUUUGCAUGCUCCUUGGUUGAUCUUGGAUCCAGCGUGAACCUCAUGCCCUACUAUGUAGAACGACGUCUAGGAUACACGCAUUUCAAACUAACUAAGAUGUCAUUGGUGUUUGCGGAUAGAUCAGUCAAAUCCCCGGUUGGUUUUCUAGAGGAUCUCCUAGUAAAAGUCGGAAACACCUCUGUUCCAGCAAACUUCGUAAUUCUGGAGCUGAAAUAA